CCGGAAGUUGCCGUACUACUUGAUGGUGUACCAUGUUCACACGGUUCAAUUGCUGCGGCAACGGUAACUUUUCCGUCUACCAACUACCCGCGUCCUGUCAUAACAAGGUUUCCCAGAUUUCCCACGGCGCCGUCAGGAAUCGUGUCGUCAGCCCGGCAUCAGGUCGCUGCCGGCUUGUCUUCUGAGUGUCACCUUCCGGUUCAAUCUAUCUUCAUACGAGGCCUCCCGUAGAAGCACGUCUCUACUCCUCCUUACGUCUUUUACGACAGAACAUGAACGUCCCCGACCUCCCACCACCCUUCGUCAACGUUCCAGGUAUUGUCAACUUCCGCAGCGUUGGCGGCUUUGCCACGUCACACGGCUCUUCCCGCGUCAAGCCCGCCGCCUUCUACCGCUCUGGCGACAUCUCCCGCAUAACCGACGCCGGAAAACAACAGCUCGUCGCCCUGGGCGUAACGCGCAUCUUCGACCUCCGGAAGGCGUCAGAGGGCGAGAGCUAUGGGACUUCUGACCCAACGAUUCCUGGUGUGGAGUUCGUGCACGUCCCUGUUAGCGAGACGGAAGCGUACGAUCCGGUCGGGCUAGCUAUGCGUCUGCAGCAAUUCAACGAGGACGAGGUCUCGGGCUUCCGCAAGAUGUACAAGGACAUGCUCGAAUCUGCAGGGCCUGCGUACUCGAGAAUAAUCCGGGAUAUCAUUGCCCGUCCGAACGAGCCGUGUCUGGUUCACUGUACCGCGGGCAAGGAUCGCACCGGCCUCUUCUGCGCUCUUGUCGAGAUGAUCCUGGGCGUCCCCGACGACGACAUCGUCAACGACUACGCUUUGACAAGCGCCGGCAUCGCACCCUUGUUCCCCCUCUUGUUCAAGAAAUUCCAGGAUAUUGCGGUGUAUAGGGAGAACUGGGACGGAUUGCUGAAGAUGGGAGGUUCGAAACCGGAGACGAUGCGCACCACUCUCGCCAUGAUACGCGAGGAUUAUGGCGGCGCGGAGGGAUAUCUUCGAGGAGCUGGGAUAACGGACGAGGAGAUUAAAGCGUUGAAGAAAGCGCUGCUGGUGCCGGCGUAAACGCCAACGAAAUUUGCGAGGUCAGGUAACGGAAAUAAAUGCUGUAUCCUUCGUUCUUCCAGGUAUUAGGUCGGUUUGAAUUGGGCUAUCAUCAUCACCUCGGAAGGUCACCGCGAGUUCAUAGCUGCACCGCGUUCACACUCUACCAGCCCACAACUCCCCACUCCCCCUCCUGCUUCGCCCAAAGCUUCCCUCCAUGCAUCUCCCUCGUCGCCGAGUCUAUGACGCCCUCUAACAUUCCUCGCGCACUCUCCUCGGGCGAGAUCCUGGGGGCCUUGGCGAGGCGGCUGUCUUGCUUCCGUGUGUAGUCGCCUGCUCGUGGCGAUCAGCUCAAUGGACAUCGAUCAACGAGACUGGAAGGUAAGAUCUUACUCAUCCCCGUAUCAACAGACCCU